CUUUGUUUUCUCCUGGUGGGGCGGGUGCGGGGACUGCAGUCUAGCCCCGGCUUCUGCGCCCUUUCUAGGCUGAGUCAGCGAGGAGCCCCGCUGCCAUGGACCCCGCGGAGCUCGAGCUCCCGACCGAUGCCCAGGGCCCGCGGCCGCCUCCGAGCGCGCUCUCGGAGCCCGACGCGCAGGUUCACAGCGCGGGUGGCGACUCAGGGACUAUGAGCCACGACACCGAGAUAGACAUGAAGGAGGUGGAGCUGAGCGAGCUGGACCCUGAGAAGCAGCCGAUGGCGGCGGGCGCCGAGAAGAACGGGCUGGUGAAGGCGGCCGGCGGCACGGAGCCGGCGGUCAGUGCCAAGUUCACGGGGCUGAGCAAAGAGGAGCUACUGGCGGCCGCAGGAGGCCGCGGCUGGGCGCGCGCUCGCACGGCGCUGCUGCUGCUCUUCUGGCUGGGAUGGCUCGGCAUGCUGGCAGGCGCCGUGGCCAUCAUCGUGCGGGCGCCACGCUGCCGCCCGCUGCCCACGCAGUCUUGGUGGCACCGCGGCCCGCUCUACCGCGUGGGCGACGCUCGCGCCUUCUUGGGCGGCGCAGGUCAACUGGAGGAUCUGCAGGGACACCUGGAGUACUUGAGCACCCUGAAGGUUAAGGGCCUCGUGCUUGGGCCCAUUCACAAAAACCUAAAGGAUGAUUUGGCAGGGACCAACCUGCAGCUGAUCGACCCGGCUCUUGGUUCCCAGAAAGACUUCAACAGCUUCCUCCAGGUGGCCAAGAAAAAGAGCAUCCAUGUCAUCCUGGACCUCACUCCCAACUAUCAGGGCAAGAACUCCUGGUUCCUCCCUGAGCAGGCGAACGCAACGGCCACCAAGGUGAAGGAGGCGCUGAGCUUUUGGCUGCAGGCUGGAGUAGACGGGUUCCAGGUCCAGAAUGUGGAGAACCUGAUGGAUGCAUCCUCCUUCUUGGCUGAGUGGGAGAACAUUACCAAGAGCUUCAGCAAAGACAAGCUCUUGAUUGCAGGCACCAACUCCUCUGACCUGCAGCAGCUCCUGAGCCUCCUCGAGUCCACAAAGGAUAUGCUGCUGACCAGCUCCUACCUGUCGAGCUUCAGCCCUACGGGGGAGCACAUGAAGUUACUGGUUACCCAGUAUCUGAACAAUACAGCUGGCCGCUGGUGUAGCUGGAGUGUGUCACAGGCCGGCCUCUUGACAUCCUUUGUGCCUGCUCAGCUCCUUCGGCUUUAUCAGCUGCUUCUCUUCACCCUGCCAGGCACACCUGUGUUCAGCUAUGGUGAUGAGAUCGGCCUGCAGGCUGUCAACCUUCCUGGACAGCCGGCCGAGGCCCCGGUCAUGCCAUGGAAUGAGCCCAGCCUUCCUGACACCUCAGGGUCUAUGGGCAGCAACAUGACAGUGAAGGGCCAGAAUGAGGACCCCUCCUCCCUCCUUUCUCUGUUCCGGAGACUCAGCGACCAGCGGGGGAAGGAACGCUCCUUGUUGCACGGUGACUUCCAUGUGCUGUCAUCCUCUCCAGGCCUCUUUUCCUAUGUGCGCCACUGGGACCAAAAUGAGCGAUUCCUGGUGGUGCUCAACUUUGGGGAUGUGAAGCUGUCAGCCAUGCUUGGGGCCUCGGCCCUGCCUGCCAGUGCUAGGCUGCCGGCCCAGGCCGACCUGCUGCUUAGCACCCAGCCAGGCCGAGAGAAGGGUGCCAGUUUGGAGCUGGGUUCCCUGAGCCUGGGGCCUCAUGAGGGGCUGCUGCUGCGUUUUCCCUAUGAGGCCUGACCCUGCCCUAACCAGCCCCUCCCCUGCCUUUGAGAUCUUGUUUCUCCCUCAUUUAAUGAUUGCAGGCUAUAGAUGAAGCCCAUUCAAAUAAAGGUCACCCUGCUUGGUGAAGUCUUGUCA